GUGUCCGUCAUCAGUCCAACGAGUCGCACCGGAGAACCGUUUCCAGCUGCAGUGAAAAGGGUUGCGGUCAUUAUGUUGCCUCUCUAACGGAUUUCUCUGUUCCACCGUUAUGUUAACUCGUCUUCUAUAGGAACAUAACCACGGAUAUAAAAAAUAUAUAUUAGGGUUUUUGGUAGCCGAAACUGUGGAUCUGUUAGAUUACAUGACCUUGUACUGAAUGUCACAAUAAAAGGACCGUAUAUAUAAACCCAAUCUGUCGACACGGGGAACUCAGAUACUGGCCUGCAAAGAUGGAGCUCACCACACAUCUGAUCAAUGAUACCAUUACUUUAUAUAAAUGGGCCCUUACCAUCGCAGACAAGCGAGUGGAGAAAUGGCCCCUGAUGGACAACCCCCUCCCAACGUUGGCCAUCAGUUCCUCCUACCUUCUGUUCCUGUGGCUGGGGCCCAAGUACAUGGAGAACAGAGAACCCUUCCAGCUCAAGAAGACACUCAUCUUCUAUAACUUCAGCAUGGUCAUCUUCAACGUCUUCAUCUGCAAAGAGCUCUUCCUGGCGGCUCGGGCGGCCGGCUACAGCUACAUCUGCCAGUCUGUUGACUACUCAGACGACCCCAAUGAAGUCCGGAUAGCAGCAGCGUUGUGGUGGUAUUUCGUCUCUAAAGGAGUAGAGUACCUGGACACAGUGUUCUUCAUCCUGAGGAAGAAGUUUAACCAGGUCAGCUUCCUACACGUCUACCACCACUGCUCCAUGUUCACCCUCUGGUGGAUCGGCAUCAAGUGGGUCGCUGGAGGACAGUCAUUCUUUGGUGCACACAUGAACGCAGCCAUCCAUGUCCUGAUGUAUCUGUACUAUGGGCUGGCCUCCUUUGGACCCAAGAUCCAGAAGUACCUGUGGUGGAAGAAAUACCUGACUGUUAUACAGAUGGUCCAGUUUCAUGUCACCAUCGGCCACACUGCUCUGUCCCUCUACAUGGACUGUGAGUUUCCCCACUGGAUGCACUAUGCCCUUAUCUGCUACGCCCUCACCUUCAUCGCCCUGUUCGCUAACUUCUACUACCAGACGUAUCGCCGCACGCCACGCCAACCCAGGGAGCCCAAGGCCGCCAAGGCUCUGUCUAACAACGGGGUCUCCAACGGGCUGUCCAAGGGACUGGGGAACGGAGCGGGGGUGGUGGUGGUGGGCAAGGUAGAGGCAAAGGAGAGGUCAUCGGCGGUGGAGAACGGGAAUGGAAGGAGAAAGAGGAAGGGGAGGGCCAAGAGGGAUUAGACAGAGGGGAGGGGUGUAGGGCUGAAGGAGGCUGGCACUAACAGGCCUUGCUGUUUGAUCUUAUUAUACCUUCCACAUAGCACCCUAUUCCCUAUACAGCACAUGACUUGUAGGUGAAGGUGUGGUAAGAGGAUGGAGUCAAUUCCAUUUCAAUUCAGUCAAUUUAUGAAGAAAACUGACAUUCAAAAUUACAAUUUUCCUCAUUGUCUUUGAUUAGGGAAAAUUAGAAUUUCAGCUAACUUUCUGCGUUUGGCUGAAUUGAAAGGGAAAUAACCACAACCCUGGUAAGAGGUCGCGACGUGUCCAAGGUGACCGUCAUUACAACUAAUCCAACGUUCAGUAGUUUCUGGUCUGGAAAACAAUAAACAAUCAACAUGUUCUCUCUCUGUACUGCAGUGUUGAGGUUUGUAGCUAGCUAACCGACUGGUUUGUAGCUAGCUAACCGACUGGUUUGUAGCUAGCUAACUGACUGGUUUGUAGCUAGCUAAGCGACUGGUUUGUAGCUAGCUAAGCGAUUGGUUUGUAGCUAGCUAACCCCCUAGUUUGUAGCUAGCUAACUGACUGGUUUGUAGCUAGCUAACUCACUGGUUUGUAGCUAGCUGAUUUAAUGGUGUUUAGUUAGCUGACCGACUAGUUUGUAGCUAGCUGACCGACUGGUUUGUAGCUAGCUGACCGACUGGUUUGUAGCUAGCUGACCGACUGGUUUGUAGCUAGCUGACCGACUGGUUUGUAGCUAGCUGACCGGCUGGUUUGUAGCUAGCUGACCGACUGGUUUGUAGCUAGCUGACCGACUGGUUUGUAGCUAGCUAACCGACUGGUUUGUAGCUAGCUAACCGACUGGUUUGUAGCUAGCUAACCGACUGGUUUGUAGCUGGCUAACCCCCUAGUUUGUAGCUAGCUAACUGACUGGUUUGUAGCUAGCUAACUCACUGGUUUGUAGCUAGCUGAUUUAAUGGUGUUUAGUUAGCUGAUUCACUGGUGUUUAGCUAACUAACCCACUGGUUUGUAGCUAGCUAACUCGUUGAUUCACUAGUUUGUAGCUAGCUGAUUCACUGGUGUGUAGCUAGCCGAUUCCCUGGUUUGUAGCUAGCUAACCCAUUGGUUUGUAGCUAGCUAACCCACUGGGGUGUAGCUAGCUAACCCACUGGUUUGUAGCUAGCUAACCCACUGGUUUGUAGCUAGCUGAUUCACUGGUGUGUAGCUAGCUAACCCACUGGUAACAGUUACACUGCUAUCUAGAGACAGGAACACACCACACACACACGUAGUUUAAACAUUCAAUGUGUACGUAUGCCUUUUAAAGAAUAUGACUUACUCAUACUGUCAUUUUUGUCCUUUGUCCAGAUUUGUUCAUUCAUAUUAUGUGAGGUAGGCCAUUGAAUUCUUCAGCCUACUCACACUGUUGCCAUAAGCAGAGAGAGAGAUAGAGGGAGAGAUAGAGAUCGGUCAGUUUACAUGCCCCAUAAAUGUUGUAAUGGUUCAUUUUUAUCAAUAAGACAGACUCAGCUGUUGGCAAUCCUAGCCACAUAUUGAGAUUGCAUUUUAAAAAAUUGGAGCUCUUGAAAUGCAAGCUAAGCUUUAUCCAAUUACAACUUGGCCAGUUAGACUUGUUUACUGUACAUGCUAAUAAAAAACAUCACUCAUUAUUAUUAGAAGUGACAUUCGGUUAGAGGCAGUGGAAUCUAGAAAUGACAUUCGGUUUGAGACAGUGGAAUCUAGAAGAGACAGUGGAAUCUAGAAGUGACAUUCGGUUUGAGAUAGUGGAAUCUAGAAGAGACAUUCAGUUAGAGACAGUGGAAUCUAGAAGAGACAUUCGGUUAGAGACAGUGGAAUCUAGAAGAGACAUUCGGUUUGAGACAGUGGAAUCUAGAAGUGACAUUCAGUUAGAGACAGUGGAAUCUAGAAGAGACAUUCAGUUAGAGACAGUGGAAUCUAGAAGAGACAUUCGGUUAAAGACAGUGGAAUCUAGAAGCGACAUUCGGUUAGAGACCGUGGAAUCUAGAAGUGACAUUCGGUUUGAGACAGUGGAAUCUAGAAGUGACAUUCGGUUAGAGACAGUGGAAUCUAGAAGUGACAUUCAGUUAGAGACAGUGGAAUCUAGAAGAGACAUUCAGUUAGAGACAGUGGAAUCUAGAAGAGACAUUCGGUUAGAGACAGUGGAAUCUAGAAGCGACAUUCGGUUAGAGACCGUGGAAUCUAGAAGUGACAUUCGGUUUGAGACAGUGGAAUCUAGAAGUGACAUUCGGUUAGAGACAGUGGAAUCUAGAAGCGACAUUCGGUUAGAGACCGUGGAAUCUAGAAGUGACAUUCGGUUUUGAGACAGUGGAAUCUAGAAGAGACAUUCGGUUUGAGGCAGUGGAAUCUAGAAGAGACAGUCGGUUUGAGGCAGUGGAAUCUAGAAGAGACAUUCGGUUUGAGGCAGUGGAAUCUAGAAGAGACAUUCGGUUUGAGGCAGUGGAAUCUAGAAGAGACAUUCGGUUUGAGGCAGUGGAAUCUAGAAGAGACAGUCGGUUUGAGGCAGUGGAAUCUAGAAGAGACAUUCGGUUUGAGGCAGUGGAAUCUAGAAGAGACAUUCGGUUUGAGGCAGUGGAAUCUAGAAGAGACAUUCGGUUUGAGGCAGUGGAAUCUAGAAGAGACAUUCGGUUUGAGGCAGUGGAAUCUAGAAGAGACAGUCGGUUUGAGGCAGUGGAAUCUAGAAGAGACAGUCGGUUUGAGGCAGUGGAAUCUAGAAGAGACAUUCGGUUUGAGGCAGUGGAAUCUAGAAGAGACAUUCGGUUUGAGGCAGUGGAAUCUAGAAGAGACAUUCGGUUAGAGGCAGUGGAAUCUAGAAGAGACAUUCGGUUUGAGGCAGUGGAAUCUAGAAGAGACAUUCGGUUUGAGGCAGUGGAAUCUAGAAGAGACAUUCGGUUUGAGGCAGUGGAAUCUAGAAGAGACAUUCGGUUUGAGGCAGUGGAAUCUAGAAGAGACAUUCGGUUUGAGGCAGUGGAAUCUAGAAGAGACAUUCGGUUUGAGGCAGUGGAAUCUAGAAGAGACAUUCGGUUUGAGGCAGUGGAAUCUAGAAGAGACAUUCGGUUUGAGGCAGUGGAAUCUAGAAGAGACAUUCGGUUUGAGGCAGUGGAAUCUAGAAGAGACAUUCAGUUAGAGACAGUGGAAUCUAGAAGAGACAUUCGGUUUGAGGCAGUGGAAUCUAGAAGUGACAUUCAGUUAGAGACAGUGGAAUCUAGAAGAGACAUUCGGUUUGAGGCAGUGGAAUCUAGAAGAGACAUUCGGUUUGAGGCAGUGGAAUCUAGAAGAGACAUUCGGUUUGAGGCAGUGGAAUCUAGAAGAGACAGUCGGUUUGAGGCAGUGGAAUCUAGAAGAGACAUUCGGUUUGAGGCAGUGGAAUCUAGAAGAGACAUUCGGUUUGAGGCAGUGGAAUCUAGAAGAGACAUUCGGUUUGAGGCAGUGGAAUCUAGAAGAGACAUUCGGUUUGAGGCAGUGGAAUCUAGAAGAGACAUUCGGUUUGAGGCAGUGGAAUCUAGAAGAGACAUUCAGUUUGAGGCAGUGGAAUCUAGAAGAGACAUGUUUUCUUGUGUUUAUUUCACUGUUCUGUCCUGGUUGCCUCCACAUACAAUAUCACUAGUUGUCUUACUCAGUGAACGUGGAGCUGUUGAGCAGAGCCAAGUAGACAUAACAGUAACUGUGAAGACUGCUGCUAUGGAAUUUCAGGGCGAAUCAAACAACUAGUCCACUGGGAGACGCUGUUUUAUCAAACGAUUGCUGGAUUGAUUUGAUACGCUGUUCAGGCAAUAUCAGCUGGUCAAUGUGUUUAGUUAGUGUACUGUAUUAUACUGCUACUGAAGGACCGUGUGCUCUACCUAACCGUGACACGUGUAGAGUACAACACGACACAGUCUACUCCAGAGCAGCAAAUUCAACCAUGGUAUCACGUCAUGUAAUAAGAUGCUAUUAUCUUGUUUUUUUUAUUGAUUUUUAUUGUUCCUGUCUUGAAUAUAAAUAGCUGUUUUCUCUCUUCUUCUGAAAGUGCUUGUCUGUGUUUUAGUGUUCUUGAAGACUUGUUUAAUUUGUAUAUUAUUGCGUGUUGUAUAUAUUAAACGCUGUGUGAUUUUGUACUUUUGUGCUUUUUUUUUGGGGGGGGGGGGGGGGGGGCGGAAAAGUUCCCAACUGAAUGCCAUGAUGAGCAGAUAUUUCUCUUGCAUGUUCUUUUCAAAAUGAUCAUGAUUUAUUUCAAAACUCAUAGAUACAAAUAAACAGAAUGCCUGUACAUACA